GCGUGAUCGUUGCCGUUCGCUAUACAGUCUUUAGCCGAUGGCGGCUGUCAACUGGCGUAACUAUCUCUGUCGUGCUAAUUUUUAUCAUUUGUCCAGUGAUUCCGGAAGCCGCUGUCCGCUGAUAGUUCUCACGCACACGCGUUGAACGGGAUUUUUCUAUGAGCCUGCGAAAUUAGUAUUCAUUUGUAUGACAUCGGGCAAAGAAACAAUGGGUGAACAACCAAUUUUCACGUGCAAAGCGCACGUAUUUCACAUUGAUCCGAAGACAAAAAAGUCUUGGGUGUCCGCAUCCACAGCAGCAGUAUCUGUCUCAUUUUUCUAUGAUUCCACAAGAAGCUUGUACAGAAUAAUAUCUGUCGAAGGGACAAAGGCAGUAAUAAACAGUACUAUUACUCCAAACAUGACCUUCACGAAAACGUCACAAAAGUUCGGACAGUGGUCAGACGUUAGGGCCAACACUGUCUACGGUCUUGGCUUUUCGUCUGAGGCAGAGUUAGGAAAGUUCAUAGAGAAGUUUCACGAAGUGAAGGAAGCCACUAAAUUGGCUAGUGCCAAAUUGCAAUCGCACAGUUCAUCUGUUACCCCUGCUACUAGUGCAAAUGUUAGCCCGAUCACGUCUAGAUCGGGCAUGCCGUCAACAGAACAAGAUCUUAUAGACCCGCCGAACUCGUCAAUGAUCAAUUCGAAUGUCUCGGCAUCAAACAAUCCAAAUCCAAAUGCCAACAUGAUCUCUACUCAGAACAGUGUAAAUUUGGUAAGCAGCAGUCCCUUACCUGGUAGUUGUCAGAAUAAAGUGGAUGAUGAAUUGAAAAAUGCAGUCCAUUCAAGAUCACAGAGUAUUUCUCAGCAGAGUACAGAAAGUCCACAACAUCAAGGGAAGUCACAGCUUAGUUCAACCCAGGGUGGACAAUCAGCUGAAAUGCAGCUUAAGUAUGAGAAUGAUAGGCUGAAACUGGCACUGGCACAAAGCUCCGCGAACGCUAAAAAGUGGGAGGUCGAAUUAACUACGUUGAAAUCGAAUAAUGCUAGAUUAACGAGCGCUCUGCAAGAGUCCACAGCUAACGUCGACGAAUGGAAAAGGCAAUUACAAUUAUACAAAGAAGAAAAUGCAAGAAUUAAAGCUAAAUACGCAGAUCUGGAAUCUGGAAAAAUAGCAGAAGGCAAUAGCGAAGCGUUAAGGUUGAGGGUUGAAGCAUUGGAGAAUGAACUUAGGACAAGGAACGAAGAAAUCAAAGCUCUUACCAUGGCAACAAAAAAUAAAGAUUUUGUAGCAUUACAAAAGGAGAACGCUGAGCUUCGUGAAAUGUUAAGGGUUGUCCAUGAACAAUUAGAGCUUGCGUUAAGCGCGAACAAAGUCCAAAAACAGAAUCUGGAUACGCUGAACGUCAGACUAGCUGGGUACAUACAAGAUCUGGUAACUGUACAUCGAGAAAUUACAAACACGUUGCAAACUUAAAUUUACGUGUAGUGAUACCUAAGAAUAUUCUUCAUGGGAGUUUUGUAUUUAUGAUAUAAGCGAAGUAUACAAAUGGACGGUGUAGAUUAAAUACAAAGGGAGAAGUUCCAAAAAAACAUGCAUAGUGAACAAAAAAUAAUAAAGUAAGAACGCUAUCUUGAAAUGAUAAAGAUAGAUCGCAUCAUUUUAAAGUAUUUAUUCUGUGUUAAGUUAACGAUGACGUUUAAUGUUUUUCUUCGUAGACUGUGCCAUACUCUGAAUAUAAAAAAAUGUGUUCUUUUUUUAACACGGUUUUAUAUAUUCCUUUUUUUCUUAAUCUGUACAUUCGCAAACGUACGAGAGAGUUUCAUACAUCAGAACGAUUGUAGAAAAUGUUUUUACCUCGGCACAAACGGGAGCGUGCAUCUUUUUAAGCUAUCGCGUAUCUACGACAUUGUAUUAUAAAAAUAAUUUUAGUACUGUUUUUUAUAUAUUAUUUAAUUUAAACGACUGUGUAUUACAUUUUUUACGAAACCUGUUACAAUCGACCUUUGUCAUCCAUCGAAGUUUAUACGCAUAGUUCGUUUCUUCUACUAACUGUGUUUAAGUGUUUAAACAAAUAAAUUAUAAUUGCAAUUACACUGCAGUGAUCAUUAUCAUUACUAAUGCUAUUUCACUAAUUACUAUCGAUCUUCAACUCAUAAUUAAGCUUCGAAACUUACUAUAACUAAAUACAACUAUUAUUAUGAUUAUUAACGCUAUUAUAACUACCUCUACUGCUAUGGCUGCACUACUACUUGCUGUUAUUAUUGCUCAUAGUAUCAUCGUUAGUGCUACUUCUAUAAUUGUUACUACUGUUACUGUCCAUCAGAGAGUUGUCAUUACAUGCCUACAAAGAAACUUCUAUGAUACUUAGAAACAUAAAACAUAUCAAAAAAUGUUACAAGGUUUAGUGUAAUACAUGGUUUCCGAUGUCUUUUUGGAACUUAGCCCCUUGACGACAACAAUAAAAUUAUAAACAAAACUAAAAGAUUAUAAACACAAGGAGAAAUGCACAAUUAACACUAGUAACGUUUAGUGAUACUUAAUUAUGUAGUAUAUAUCUAUUUAAUUCAGCUGUACAUUGUAUCCAUAUUGUUCUAUCAUAUAUUAUUUACCUUUAUCAAUGGUAUCAAAUUCUAUCAAAUUGAAGAGUCUGGCAUGAGCUGUACAGAACCAUUGAUACACGGUGAUCCCCGUUAAUAUUCAGGUAUAUUUCGAAACGGAAUCACUUCUCUAAUAUUUAAUUAAACAACUUGUUUAGUUAACUAAGUUUUGUAACAGCCCACACAGAAAAUUAAAUUGUUUAGCGGAAUAUUAAAAAAGUUAUUCCGUGUUGAAAUGUCUCCGAAUAUUAAUAGGAGUCGCUGUACAUAAAAUAUUACAUGAAAAAUAUAUUAUAGAGCUCAUUCUUAGUGAGUAACUUAGCAAUCUCAACAAAACGUGAUCAAAUGAGCAACAAACGUUUUUUACAUGAUAAAUGCUUUGUUAAUCUUUUAUAAAAAAGAAAGAAGACGAUAACGUGCGUUAGUUUGUUGAACGAAUAAAUGUAAUGUUCCCCGAUGUAAUUGAUUUGUUCUUAUCAUUUGCCAUCGUCUCGUAAUUCUGAUACAUUCUAAGAGCGAUCAAGCCAGAUAUUCUUCAAUAUGUUGUACUUGAAUAUAGUAUAGGUUCGUUAGGAAACAAAAUUUAUCCAAAUGAUGCCGAACGACGACCUCUUCGAGGACGUUCAGGUGAUAUUUCUAAAGAACAAUAAUUUGUAGUAGUAAAUGAAGUGCGAAAUACUGAAAGAAAGGGCACUUUUUAUUGUACUGACAGUAUGUAUGUAUGUACGUAAAAAGAAUGUUAUGGAGAUGAAUUUUAAAUUUUAGAGGAAUUGGAAACAAAAGCCUCGCUUGCCACAUGUAAUCCUAAUAAAAACAUUCUCAGAUGGC